UGCAACAUACAUUACUUAACCUCAGAUUGCCGAGUGGGUUAGUCAAGUUUGGCAAAUUAGUCAUUGAAAAACAUAACAAAACUUUCGGUUUUGGGCGUAGUUGAUAGUCUGAUACUGUAAAUAUUAUAAGAUAACUGUGAAAAUAUGGCAAAGAACACCUCCAGUUCGGCGUUUCGUAAAAUUGACGUCGACCAAUACUGCGAGGACAAUUUCAAAGAGGAUGAAACUGAUUUGGGUGGACCCACAGGCCCUGAUGAGAAUGAAAUACUAAAUCUUCUCAAUAAAGGUCAACAAAUUGAUGCCUUAAAGUCAGUAUUAAUGAAUGCACCACUAGGAUCCAAAAAGGACCAUGUUAGAGAACAAGCCUUAAAUAUCACAAUGAAAGUGCUCAUUGCAAUCAAGGCAUCACAAAUUGAUGAAGCAAUCAAAUCAUUGAACAUUGAACUGAUUGAUGUGCUGAUGAAGUACAUCUACAAAGGAUUUGAGCAGCCCUCAGAAGGAAGCAGUGGUCACUUGCUGCUGUGGCAUGAGAAAGUCUACAAUGUAAGUGGGGUGGGGUGUAUUGUCAGGGUGUUGGCAGACAGUAAAAGAGUUUAGCUCUCUCUUAACCCAUUAAAUUAUACAGUACACAAAUGUAAUUUUAACUUGGUUUUAUAUAACAAUUUUAUUGCAUUCUUUGUUACAAUUGUGUUGCAUAAAAUUUAGUCAUGAUAAAAGUAUAAACGACUUGCUCAGCA